AGAGUCGUUGUACGAGUGCAAGUCUCCGAUUGGUCAUCUUUCAGCGAUUACAGCAAACGGAGGGGAAAGGAGCCAAUGAGUGUCCCGCUGCUGCCUCUGGCGGUUACACCGUUGUGCACGACGUCAUCGGUGGCUUCUAUUGGGGUAAUCUGAUGGUCGCGCCAUCACCGCCGAUAACAAAAGGUGACAACACUACUAGGCCCUCUUCGUACCUCAGUGGAGCCUCUGUUGAGAGGACAAGAUUGACCGGACUGUUUCUCGUAUUUCGCAACAAAGCCCGGGCAAUCGAAGAUGAAGGUGGCACUCCUGCUGGUCGCCUGCAUGAUGGCCAUGCUCCCCGCGGUCAUGGCGUUCGCCUUCGUUGGUGCUCCUGCCGGAUGGGGCAGCUUCCUCGGUGACUUUCAAGGCGGCGCCAAAGGUGGCGCUCCCUCGGCCGACGCGGCCGGCGCUGCGCCGGCCGACUCGGGCGGUCUCCCCACCGAGCCGUCCUGUCCAGAGUCGGACGGCUUCGAGCCGCUCUACAUCGCGGACCCGGACGACUGCACCAAGUACAAGGUGUGCAGCGGAGGCUUCGGCAUGAAGCUCGACUGCCCGCCGGGCCUGCACUUCAACAAGGUCACCGGAAAGUGCGACUUCCCGCUUCAUGCCAACUGCGAGGAGGUUACGACGCAAGACCCACGCACGCUGAAGGGUGCGCCCGGCAUAAAAAAAGACGCCUACUUCGAUGUAGACAGCCUGGACGGGCCCGGCCACCCCACGGUCACCGGGCAGCCAAACCCGGGCAUUGGACAGCUGAGCAGCGACACUGGCCUCGGAAAGCCAAAGCCAUGAGACAGCCUCGUGCUUACAAGCUACGAAGUGAUCAAAUUGAAAAUGUCGAUCGCACUUCAAUAAUAAGUGCAGUACCCAAACAAAUCACUAUUCAAAGAUAAAAAUAAAAUUCAGUUACUAUCUUAUAA